CUUAAGCGUAAGCACAUGGGUUUGGUACCCAUUAUUUACAAAACUUUGUGAGCGUAAUCCAACAUUCGCCAUCGCGACAGGCAUCCAAAAGCUUUGCUUUUCAUUAUCACAGAGCCCGAGUGUGCUAGUCAGAUCGAACCAGUUAAAUAUAAAAAAGAAGUGCAUUUAAUUGUGCGCCUCUUGUUUGACUGAGCGGUAAUGGCUUCUGCAUCAGCUGGGUUGGCUGAUGAUUUUGAGAAACUCGAGGUUCUCGCCCUCGUUUCCAAAAUCACAAGCGAGCUUGAGAAUCAUUUAGGGAGGAGAGACAAGGAUCUUGCGGAAAAGAUCAUUCAGAUUCACUCGAAAUCUAGCUCGGUCGAUGAUUUCCAAAAGAUUAUCAAAGGCGGGUUGAACGAGUCUCUGAGCCCUGAGCUCGCGAGCUCGAUCGAUCGGUUUAUCAGGCUUAUGCAUCCGAAAUAUAAGAAAGCCAGCAGCACAUCCAAGACAGCUGACGACGACGUGAGAUUCAAGACGCCGCACUCGACUGCCGCGAGUAGUUCGAGCAGACGACGCAGGCGUGACGAUGACGGCGCCUCAGACGAGGACGACAGCGGUCGCAGACGCCAUAGAAGUUCACGACAUGAGGAGGACGACAAGCGGCGGCGCCAUCACCGAUCGUCUGAAGCGGACGACGAAGACAGGCAUCACUCGCGUCGGCGCAGACACGACGCCGACGACGGCGAGGAAAGUCGAUCUAGUAGUCACCGACACCGACACCACCGUCACCGUGACGACGACGAAGAAAGACACAGUGACAGACAUUCCUCACGACACGGGACAUCCUCACGCUCGGAGCGAAGGCGCGAGCGCACGCCAGAACUGGACGACGCGCCUCAGCUUUUUAAGGUAUACACGGGCAAGGUUGCAAACAUCACUGAUUUUGGCGCGUUUGUGACUUUGAACGGUCUCCGCACGCGCACGGAUGGCCUCGUGCACGUAUCGCAAAUACAAAGCGGCGGUCGGAUCAAUCAUCCGAGUGAUUUUCUUGAACGCGGACAACAGGUCUACGUCAAGGUUGUCACCAUCGAGGGGACUAGGAUUGGGCUGAGCAUGAAGGAUAUCGAUCAGCAAACCGGCGAAGAUAUCGGGCUGCAGACGCAUCUGACUGGCGCAAACGCUCGAACCAUGGGUGUGGAUUACGAUACAGAGCGGAACAAGAAGGUCAAUGUUCUCAAGCAGCCGGCGAAGAAGCGGCUUACGAGUCCCGAACGAUGGGAGAUCAAGCAGCUGAUUGCGUCCGGCGUAGUUAACGCGGGCGAUUACCCAGACAUUGACGACGAUUUGAACGCAAUGGCCGACGAAGCUGAUUUGGAAGCUGAGGAAGACGUCGAUAUUGAGGUGCGCGAGGAAGAGCCACCGUUUCUGGCAGGUCAGACUAAGCAGAGCUUGGAACUGAGUCCGAUUCGAGUAGUCAAGGCGCCUGAUGGUUCACUGUACCGUGCGGCUAUGGCGGGUACGACGUUGGCUAAGGAUAGAAGAGAGCAGAAGCAGCAAGCUGCGAGGGAAGAGGCUGAUAAGAAGGUACAGGUUGCGGCCUUGGAAGAGCAGUGGGAAGAUCCAAUGGUUGACCCUUCGUCUCGGGUUCUGGCGGGUGAAGUCAAGGCCAGUGCGAAGAAGACCGGGCCGGCGAAUAUGCCGGAAUGGAAGCAGAAGGCGUUGUAUAAUAACACGUCGUUUGGUCGUAUCACAAACAUGAGCAUCAAAGAGCAGCGAGAGUCACUUCCGGUCUUCAAACUGCGCGAUAAGCUCAUUACUGCCGUGCGGGAGAACCAGCUGCUGAUUGUCGUCGGUGAUACGGGCUCAGGAAAGACCACACAGAUUACUCAGUAUCUUGCAGAAGAAGGCUUCGCAGAGCGGGGAAAGAUCGCUUGUACCCAGCCUCGACGUGUUGCCGCCACGUCGGUCGCGAAACGUGUGGCAGAUGAAGUUGGAUGCAGGAUGGGAGACGAGGUCGGGUACACGAUUCGAUUUGACGACUGCACAAGUCCAAAGACGAAGAUCAAUAUACUGUUAUUAUGCUCGACGAGGCGCACGAGCGUACGAUUGCAACUGAUAUUCUGUUUGCUCUUCUGAAGCAAACACUGAAGAGACGGCCAGAUAUGCGCUUGAUUGUGACAUCUGCGACUUUGGAUGCGGAAAAGUUCUCCUCAUAUUUCAACAACUGCCCGAUU